AUGGCAGGACGCGGUGGCCAACAAAUGAACCAGUUCAAGCUCGUCCUCCUCGGCGAGACGGCCGUGGGCAAGUCCAGCCUUGUCCUGCGCUUUGUCAAGGGCCAAUUUCAGGAGUAUCAAGAAAGCACCAUCGGAGCUGCCUUUUUGACACAGACGGUGUGCCUGGACGAUGGCACCAAGGUCAAGUUUGAGAUUUGGGACACAGCCGGCCAGGAGCGGUACCACAGCCUCGCCCCAAUGUACUACCGCGGUGCACAGGCUGCGAUUGUGGUGUAUGACAUUACGAGCCACGCGUCGUUCCUGCGGGCGAAGAGCUGGGUGAAGGAGCUGCAGAAGCAGGCCGAGAACGUUGCCGUCAUUGCUCUCGCCGGCAACAAGGCCGAUCUUGCCGCUCGCCGCGAAGUCCAGACCGAGGAGGUUGAGGCGUAUGCGCAGGAGGAGAAGCUGCUGUUUAUGGAGACGUCUGCAAAGACCGCAUUCAACGUUGUCGAGAUCUUCGCCGCAAUCGCGAAGCAUCUGCCGAAGAACCAGGACACGCGGCGGGGUGACGGCGUCAACCUGCGACGAGCAGAGGCAGCAGAGGCAAAGAGCGGCGGCUGCUGCUGA